AUGGGUCUGAAUGCCAUGCGUGCCAUCUUCUCAGUGCAGGAGAUCCAGACGGACCAUGAGACCAUCAUGAAGAUCAAUGCUGCAGGAGAGAUGAUGCAGUGUUCUGCACGCAUGGAUGUGCUGUUCCUGAUGGAUGGCUCGUACAGUGUGGGGAAGGGCAGCUUUGAGAGGUGCAAACACUACGCCAUCAAGUUGAGUCAGGCCCUGGAUAUCGCUGCAGAUAAGGUAAGAGUGGGAGUUAUUCAGUUUGGCUCGACGGCACGGUUAGAGAUCCCUCUGGAUGCAUACACCACCAAAGAAGAGGUCAAGAAACACUUGAAGAAAAUCACAUACAGGGGAGGCAGCACUCAGACAGGCCUGGCCCUGAAGUACGUCCUGAGGAAGGGCUUCCCGGCGUCCAGUGAAAACGGCACGGUCCCCCGCAUCCUCAUCCUCCUGUCGGACGGGCGCUCCCAGGGGGCCGUGCAGCUCGCCGCCACCGAGCUCAAGCAGACCGGCGUCACCCUGUUCGCCGUGGGCCUGCGUUACCCACGCUGGGAUGAACUGCACGAGUUGGCCAGCACGCCCACAGAGAGCCAUGUGUUCUUCGCCGAGCAUUUCCAUGACGCGGUCAACGGCCUCUACACCUCUCUGACCAUGUCUGACGUCUGCACGGCCAUCCCGUCAGGCUGCUUUAUGGAGUCGUAUGCCUGUGAGAGGAGGACUCUGGAGACGGUCAAGGAGCUGGUGGGAACCUUCAUGUGCUGGAAGGGCUCCAGGUCCGCCACUGCGUAUACCUCCAUGUGUCCUCACUACAAGUGGAGCAAGAAGUACAAAAGGCACGCUACAGUCUGCCAUCGAACAAUCUGUCAGGAUCCGUGCGACUCGCAGCCAUGCCAGAACGGCGGGACGUGUGUGUCUGAGGGUCUAGACAAGUACCGCUGUGUGUGUCCUCCAGGCUACGGCAGUGACCCUCACUGCGCUCCGGCGCUGAACCUGGACUGCUCGGUGGACGUGCUCUUCCUGGUGGAGGGCUCCACGGCGCUGACCCUGGAGGGCUUCCUGCGCUUCAAGGCCUUCCUCAAGCGCUUCUUCCAGGCCACCGUGGCCGCCGACACCCCCACCAAGAUCGGCCUGGCCCAGUACGGCGACACCGUCCGCAUGGAGGCCCGGGUGGGCAAGCACCGCGACCUCGCCGGCCUGCUCGCCGCCGUGGAGGCCAUGACGCCCGUGGGCGGCCGGGCGCUGACGGGCGCCGCGCUACAACACGUGGCCAUGCACGGCUUCCAGAGCACGCCGGUGUUCGCCGACGUCUACGACGACCUGCCGCGCGUGGUGGUGCUGCUGAGCGCCACGCCCUCGGCCGACGCCGUGGUGGAGCCGGCCAAGUACGCGCGCGACCGCGAGGCCUUCCUGGUGGCCGUGGGGCCCGAGGCGCUCAAGGCGCAGAUGAACAACAUCACCGCCAACCCGCAGCGCACGCUCGCCUACGCCGCCGCCGACAAGCUGCCGGGCAAGAUCCCCGAGCUGCGCACCAAGAUCUGCAGCGUGGACAACCAAGGGUGUCUGGGCCAGGCCGUGGACCUGGUCUUCGUUCUUGAUGCCUCAGAUGGUGUUGGUCGGCAGAACUUUGUCCACCUGACAGAUUUUGUCCGCAGCACCUCGGUCCAGUUUGACAUCAAUCGUGAUGUGGCUCAGGUGGGUCUGGUGGUGUACGGCCGGCAGCCCGUCACCGUCUUCGAGCUGGACACGCACGACACGGGCUCGGCCAUCCUGCGGGCGGUGGGCGACGCCACCUUCCAGGGCGGCGCGGCGUCCACGGGCUCGGCCCUCCUGCACGUCCUCUCCAGCAGCAUGACGGUGGCGCGCGGCGCCCGCCCGGCGGUCAACAAGGCGGUGGUGGUGCUGACCGACGGCUCGGGGGCCGACGACGCGGCCGUGCCCGCCCGCAAGCUGCGCGACAACGGCGUGGCGGUGUUGGCGGUGGGCGUCGGGGACGCGCAGGUGGACAGCCUGCUGAAGAUCACGGGCCGCGUGGAGCACAUGGUCACCGUGCCCCUCUACGAGGACCUCAAGUACUUUGAGGACGUGCUGGUGCAGAUGGUGUGCGCCGAGGUGAAGAAGCCGGUGGAGUUGUGUCGGCCCAACCCCUGCAUGAACGAUGGUGUGUGUGAGCUGGUCCAGAGGGGCUUCCGCUGCGAGUGCCGUGGAGGCUGGGAGGGACCACAAUGCGAGACACGCAGUAGAACACGGCAGGCUAACCGUGGGGACCAGCCCAAACCAGCGGGCAUGAGGCGCAAGGAGAAGAAGAAGAAGAGUCAGAAGGAGCUCAAGCAGCAGUACAGGGAGCUGCGCAGGAGGCACGCAGUCAAACGCCACUGAUGGAGCACACACACACACACACACACACACACACACACACACACACACAUUCAAACACACACAUACACACACUCAUACACAUACAAGCACACACACAUGUGCAUACACACACAUUCACAAGCAUACAGUACAUGCAUAGUUCUGCACACAAAUGCGCAUAUAUGACUGACAACACACACACAUACACAGAUAAAUAUUGAAAUACAUAAAUUCAACCAACUAUUGCAACAAUAAACACACUUGGACUCACGCGCAUAUUUUAUAUGCUUUACAUAUACAUAUACAGUACGUACACAGCAUACAAACCCACACAUUCUUUAACAAGUGAUCCGACAAACAUACUCAGCCAACAGAAAUAAACAUGGCUGUAUAUACUCUCUCUUUCUCUCUCACACAUAAACACACACACACACACACACUAAAGAGGCCAUAUUAUAUUGUUUGAUGUUGCAGGAUGUCUAACAGGAUUAAAGGGAAAGCCUAAUAAGACACGCACACAUACGCACAAAACACACACAACACACACGCAACACACACAACACACACACACAAAACACAACACACACACACACAAUAUCAUUAUCAGAUUAGCUACACAGCUUACUUCACAAAGAUCACCACAGGAAGCUCGGAGGAGCUCGCCAUGUUUACAGCUCUGUGCCAAACUCUUAAUUAGUACCAGUCAGGAAGCGGCGCUCAGAGCCGACAAGUCUGGAGCCCACCGCGUCUGCCACCACCACCACCACCACCACCACCACCGGAUCACCACCACCUCCGGAUCACCCCCAGACCACCACCGGACCCCCUCCACCCCCCCCCCCCCCACCCCCUCACUCUCAUCACAGACUGAACUGAACCCCUUGCUCCAAUCACAUUACCCAAAUCCCCCCCGUCUCCUAACAUGGAGCUGGAUGUAUAUUUCUUUUUUUCUUGUUGGUUCCGUCUUUUUGUUUAUGAUGAGUAAAGAUUUUUUUUUGUAAAGGUGUGUUUUAGUGCCUUAAAGACAGCAUUUCAUGUUCAAAUGCGCCACUUUUGUAUCUGUCGGUGUUGCAUUUAGUGGGAGAAUGGGUGAAAGUUGACUGUGCAGUCUAAAGUGUGAGAAUACCAGCGACCGGUAUACAACAUCAAGUGGUCAAAAGACCACGAGAAGUAUGUUUCACUGGUCUGCUGUAUUCUGCCUAAGUGAAGGCACAGGCAACACUAAGGGGUCAACAACCUAGAGGGUUGUCAUGCCUCAGUAUUUAUUUUCUAUGCUUACCAAUUACUGUACCUUCAUUAAAGUUAUUAAAUUAUGUUUUAAACGAUGACCUGGGUUGCCUGCAGUGCUGCAUCAUGGGUAAUGAUGUGUGAGGACGUUGACCCCUAAAGGGAAUGUAGAACACCUGUGGAAAAUGAGCUGGAUGUGUACUGCCCUCUAGUGGAACCUUGCCAAUGAGGGUUUUCUACAGUAUGUUGUCGGUGAGGCAUCAUAGCAUAAUAUACUGUAUCAUAAUAUUAUGUCAAAGAGAACGUUUCAUGUACACAUUGUCCCAAAAGAUCUUCUGGUGCUACUAUGUGUUAUAAUAGUUUAUUUUUCAUGUGACUACCAAACAGGAAGUCCUUUCCUCCUCCCUUGGUUUUACGUCAUCAAAGUUGUCACCUUCUUGUCUGUGAAAAAAGGAAUGUUAUGUUUACCAGUGACUGUGCUGUAUAAGAAAGAGAACAAAUACCUUCAAAAACACUGUGUGUAUUGCU